AUGUACCUGCCCCAGACUGGCCUGAACUUUCUGUUGUCUCUCCAGCCACAGCUCCUUUGUGCACCAGCCACAGCAGCAUCGCCCCUUUGGAGGAGGAAGCAAUCCUCUCGCAUCCGCCCUCGCCCUCCGUUUGCCAGCUUCUUGUGUCACAAUUUCCAGUAUCACCAUCUCUCCAUCUUCAUCUAUCCGUCCGCCGCCACCCGAGGAAAUUCCCACGCGCAACCCCGAGCUCGCCAGCAAUCCCAGUCGAAUCGCCGCCUCUCCGUCUGGCCGCGUUUAGGCCCGCGCAUCUCCAAGAGUCGCAAUUCCGACUCGCAUCUGCCGCGCCGGCACCAGUCAUCCUCAGCCGCGCCAGUCGCUUUCGCUCCCGCUCUCUCACUGCUCUCCUCACUCCUGAAUCGCUCUCGCAUCGCCAGCGAAAUGGCAGCCUCACCUUCAAUCUCGGGCCCUUUGGACGCCCUGCAAUCCAUCAUCAAUGACGUGCUUGUGCAAACCGGCAAAGCUCUGCGGGCAUCUCGCAGAGACUCUCAGGGGAACCUGACGUACGCCUACGGGCCGACGCAGGCCAAGCUGCCAGAUACCAUUGAGCAGUUCCACAUGACGCUUAACGAGCUCGAGUCUGAAAUUUUGAGCGCCAAGUCGGUCCUGCUCAGAGACUACAAUGAGUUGCAGGAAAAGAAGAGGCAAAUCCUGCUCCGGCCUACUUUCCAGACGGUCGACGGCCAGACAAAGCGGCCACCCACCGUCGAAAUGGCCACACCGCCAGAGCCCGUCUUCAAGGACGAGCCCAUGGCGGAGGACACUGAAGCCAAGCCCAUGGCGCCUUUCCCCAACAUGAGCAUCGACCUUGCGGAACCCGAGCCGAUGGACAUCUCUGCCAAGGAGCCCAACGGUCAGCAAUCGCAGCAGCAGCAGCAGCAGCAGCAACCACCACCCCCCGGCGGUAUGAACGGGUUAAACGCAAAUCCCAACUCAGGACUUGUCCCCCAGCCGCCCAACGCUGAUCAAAGGCCGACGCCGGAAAUGCCUUCUGGACCUCCUGGCCCCAACAUGCCACCGGCACUGCCAGAGACCUCCGGCAUGAACUUUACCGAUAUGGAGUUCACGCUUGCGGCACCCCCGGGCGGCGAGGUUCCCGGCCAGCCCAACACUACCAAGGAGCCAUCGUUCGACAUGGCCACCUUUGCACCAGCGGAGGGUGGUGACGACCUGUUGAACCUCAACCAUCUGCUACCGGGUGACGCGAACAACUCGUCCGGCGCGGCGCCCCAACCCCCGACCAAGGCCGAGGGAGGCGCCGCCCCCGUGAACACGGAUUUCUUCGGGCCGGGGUCCGGGGCCGCCGACGGCAUGGACUUUGACUUUAGCCUGGGCGGCUCGGGCGACGACACCUUUGACGACUUGAUGAACAACCGCGAUAGCACGUUUGAGCUGAUGGAUGCCGGAGGCGACUUUGACACGGCUUUUUUCGGGCUCGAUAAGGCGGAUGAGAAUCCGGCGUGA